AGCUCGCCCAAGCGCCGCAUCGAGACGGACAUGAUGAAGCUCCUCAUGUCCGACCACGAAGUCACGCUCGUCAACGAUUCGAUGCAGGAGUUCUUUGUGCGCUUCCACGGGCCCGAGGAGACACCCUUCAAGGGCGGCGUGUGGAAGAUUCACGUCGAGCUGCAGGAUGCGUACCCCUACAAGUCGCCGUCGAUCGGCUUCAUGAACAAGAUCUUCCACCCCAACAUCGACGAGCUCUCGGGCAGUGUGUGUCUCGACGUCAUCAACCAGACGUGGUCGCCCAUGUUCGACAUGGUCAACAUCUUCGAGGUCUUUCUGCCGCAACUGCUGCGCUACCCGAACCCCACCGACCCGCUCAACGGCGAGGCGGCCGCGCUGCUGAUGCGCGAGCCAAAGACGUACGACGCCAAGGUGAAGGAGUAUGUCAAGCGCUAUGCCACCAAGGAGGCGGCGGAGGACGCGGGCGAGGAGGAGCACGAUGAGGAUGAGGAGGACGAGGAGAUGAGCGACGUCGGCAGCUUCAGCGACGACGACGAGCCGCCGAUGGACCUGUGA